AUGUGCUAUAGCAGCCAAGGCGGUGAUGAUGGCGGCGGUUUCAUGGCUGGGUCGCAGCAAGGAAGUCAGAGCGGCGGCAGUGGAAGAAACUACGCAGAUGACACCCUCCGCCCAGUAACCAUCAAGCAACUUGUCGACUGCAAGGAACCAUACCCCGGCUCGGAGCUGGCCGUCGACGGCCUGCCGACCACGCAGGUGACGCUGGUGGGGCAGGUUCGGUCGUCGACCGUGCAGUCGAUCUACACCACCUACCGCAUCGACGACGGCACGGGGCUGAUCGACGUCAAGAAGUUUGUCGACAGCGACCGGCCCGACACGGCCGUGACCUUCGCCCCGGACACGUACGUGCGCGUCUUCGGCCGCCUCAUGAGCUACAACGGCAAGCGCACCGUCACCGCCCACAACAUCCGCGCCAUCGACGACUUCAACGAGGUCAACUACCACCUGCUCGAGGCCACCUACGUGCACCUGGCCCUGACCAAGGGGUCGGCCGCCGCCGGGCAGGCCGGCGCUGGUGGGACGGAUGCGGACGGGGACAGCAUGUUUGUGGACGGUGGGUAUGGGGCCGGUGGUGGUGGUGCCGGGGGCGCGGCCGACGCGCGACUGGCGACGUGCUCGCCCGCGGCGCGGACCGUCUUCAACUUUAUGGCGAACUCGCCCGGCGAGCACACCAACGUCGGUCAGGUGGUGGCCGGGACGAGGAUGUCGGCGGCGGACGUCACGGCUGCGGCGGACGAGUUGUUGGCCGGUGGGAUCAUCUACACCACAGACGAUGACGACACGUGGGCCAUCUUCGAUAUGUGA